UAAACAUCCCUAACCCUAAGAGAAGAAAGAUGGUUGGGCAACUCUCACACGAGGUGGAGGUAAACGUGGCCGCUAGUGAAGCGUGGGAGCUCUACAGCUCGCUUCGGUUGGCAAAACUUGUUGAAGAAGAGCUUUCUAGUCUCAUUGAGAAAGUUGAGGUCAUAGAAGGUGAUGGAGGGGUUGGGACUAUUCUCAAGCUAACAUUUCCUCCAGGUACACCUGGUUUUGCUGGUUACUCAGAGAAGUUCACAAAAAUUGACCAUGAGAAACGCUUGAAAGAAGCAGAGGUGAUUGAAGGAGGAUAUCUUGAUAUAGGGUUUACUUUCUAUCGUGUUAGCUUCCAAAUCAUUGAGAAGGGCGAUGAUUCAUGCAUAAUCAAAACCACAGUUGAGUAUGAUGUCAAGGAGGAGGCAGCUGCUAAUGCCUCCUAUGUCACUAUUGAGCCAUUGGUGAAAAUCAUUGAAGUCACCAAAAAUUAUCUCAUCAAAACCAAAGCUGCUAAAGAUGCAAAUUAAAUUAGCUUUGAAAUUUGUGAUCUCUAAGUGAAAAAUGCCAAUUUAUACGUUCAUUUGAACAUAUAAGCCGACUGAUUUCAUUCCAUCGCUAUGUAGUAGGUACGACCAAAGAGUAAAACUCUCGUUACA